AGAGAGAGAGAGAGAGAGAGAGAGAGAGCGCACGUGGCCCCCAGGUGUGUGUGUGUGAGAGAGCGCGCGUGCCCCGGUGCACGCGGUGGCAGCUGAGCUCUCUGUCUGGGCCUGUCCCGGCCAGGUCCCUGGGCCAUCAGCCAAUGGCAGGUUUGGCAGAGCAGUGAAGACUUGGCUUCCUGUGCUUCUCUGAGUGCCUCACCACGAGUCAGAGGUCCUGAGGUGCUCCAUACUUCUGCCUCAGAGUUGAUGUAGCCACACCACAACCACCCAGCGUCCAGGCCCGGACGGUGACACAGCCCAGGCGCUUCAAGGGGGCAGGAGGCCCGGCUGCCCGGUGCCCUGGGGGAGCUGUGGGGAAGCUCACCGGGGCUCAGGCCCUGCAGCCCGCUCCUCGCCAGGAAGUCACCAACACGGAGGCCAGGCCAGGCCCAUGUCUUCCUUUCCCCAGCUAGAAAACAAGGCCAAGGGCACCAGCCUUGGGGGUCACUGUCGGGCUGGCCACCUGCUCCCCUGCGCUGCUCAGACACCUCACACAGGACACAGGCUGGAGCCCAAGGGCAGGAGAUGCGGAGGCCCCAGAUGGAGUGCCACGGUCUGCAGGUGCUGGUGGCAUGCCUGUGGACGUGUGCGGGGCCGCGGUGCGGGAGCCGCCUUGGUGUCUGCAAGCUGGCUGCGUCUCCACUGCGAGAGGUGAAACGGGAGAGCCACUUAGAAUAAAACCGCAAAGCUACAUGUGGGGCUCAGCUUCGCUCCCUAAAAGGACAGAGCAAUUUCCCCUUCGCAGCACGAUGUUUGCACGAGGGCUGAAGAGGAAGUGUGACCAGGAGGAGGUCACAGAGGGCUUUGGCACUGUUCCGUCCUACAGUCUACAGCGGCAGUCGCUCCUGGACAUGUCCCUGGUCAAGCUGCAGCUCUGCCACAUGCUGGUGGAGCCCAACCUCUGCCGCUCUGUCCUCAUCGCCAACACAGUCCGUCAGAUCCAGGAGGAGAUGAGCCGAGAUGGUGUGUGGCACCCUGGGGCACCCCAGGGUACGGGGCGGGCACCGCUGGACCGCCUGGUGUCCACAGAGGUCCUGUGCCGCACAGCACGGGGCCCCCACGGGGAGCAGGCUGUUCCUGAAUCCGGAGAGAGCCCCUCCCAGACCCCAGCUCCCGGACUUUGCACAGUCAGCUUGGGACAAGAGCUGCGGGACCCUGAGAGCGGCCUCUGGGAGAUGGACAGCCCUCGGGAAAGCAGGGCGAGCUUCUCCAAGUCACUGGAUCAGAUAUUUGAGACCCUGGAAAGCAAACCCCCUGGUUCCAUGGAGGAGCUGCUGUCUGACGUAGAGAGCUCCUACUACGACCUGGACACCAUGCUGACGGGCGUGGUGAGCGGCUCCAAGCCAGGCCUGUGCGGCGGGCUUGAGGGCUUCACCACGGCCCCUUCUCCCUCCUCGGGCUGCAAGUCGGACCUGGCCGAGCUGGACCACGUGGUGGAGAUCCUGGUAGAGACCUGAGAGGCCCCUGCAGGCCAGGGACAUGGCCACAGGCUCAGAGCAUGUCGGAGAGAGCAUGGGCCUAGGGAGGGUUUCUGAAUCUCCAGGCUGGCCUGCUCCUGGGGGGCCAGGGCAGAGACUGCCUUGCAGACCACAGCCCUGGGCCCAUUCCCCCACCCACGCCCCCAUCUCUGGGCUGCAGCCAUGGUGGAGGACAGCAGGCAUCCAAGCUGUGGACACUUAAGAUAGUGAACCUGUGAAAUUGUCAUGUUUCAGGCAAUAUUUUUUAAAAGCAUCUUUUUAAACUUUUUAUAUUUUAUCCCUGUAGAUUUUUUCAGCUAUUUUCUUAAAAGUAUAUUUUUUCUACAAAUGUCCUCUGCUGCUACAUUAGAAACUUUUAUAGCCUAA